ACUCUCUUUAGCUCCAUUUCUUCCUUUCUUUUGCAAUUUAUCCCGCUCCUUUUUUUUUUUUUUUCCUUUUUUUUUUUCCCCCCUCUCCUUCCUGGAUUAGGCAGCAAUCAAUCCUUCUCCCUGUGUCUGUUGAGAAACAGGUGAUCCUUGUUAACAGCGAUCAGUUUCUGGAUGCCGUUUCCUCUCCAGCGUUUGAAGGAUGAUGAUACCAGGCAAGACUGAAUCAGCAUAACUUUUGCUUUGCAAGAGGAAAAACUUUCUUCCCUAUUUGAAGGCAUUAAAAACACGUAUCUUUUAAAAGCAGAAGUUGAUUUUAAAGCUGAACUUCUCCACUUUCCUGGGAUUUGUGUGUGUCAAUUCCAAAGGCUGCGGCUUUUUUUUUUUUUUCCCUUUUUUUCCUUUUCUCGUCCUAUAUCUCCCACAAGGAAACUGCUGCUAGUUGGAAUAGACUUUUUAAAUGUUUGGGAUUCAAGAUACUUUAGGAAGAGGACCAAUUCUGAAAGAUAAAUCUUUAGGUUCUGAAAUGGAUUCCGUCAGGUCCUGGGUCAGAAAUGUUGGGGUUGUGGAUGCAAACGUAGCAGCACAAAGCGGAGUAGCUUUGUCCAGAGCUCACUUUGAAAAGCAGCCACCCUCCAACUUGAGGAAAUCCAAUUUCUUUCACUUUGUUCUGGCUCUCUACGACAGACAGGGGCAGCCCGUGGAAAUAGAGAGGACAGCUUUUGUGGACUUUGUAGAAAAUGAUAAAGAACAAGGCAAUGAAAAGACGAACAACGGCACGCACUACAAACUCCAGCUCCUGUAUAGCAAUGGUGUCAGGACUGAACAGGAUCUGUAUGUUAGACUCAUUGAUUCAGUCACUAAGCAGCCUAUAACUUAUGAAGGACAGAACAAGAAUCCCGAAAUGUGCAGAGUUUUGCUUACCCAUGAAGUCAUGUGCAGUCGGUGCUGUGAGAAGAAAAGUUGCGGCAACAGAAACGAGACUCCGUCUGACCCCGUGAUCAUUGACAGGUUCUUCUUAAAAUUUUUUCUCAAGUGCAAUCAGAAUUGUUUGAAAACAGCAGGAAACCCAAGAGAUAUGAGACGGUUCCAGGUUGUGCUGUCAACAACAGUGAAUGUUGAUGGGCAUGUCCUGGCAGUGUCUGACAACAUGUUUGUUCACAACAACUCCAAGCAUGGACGGCGAGCAAGGAGACUUGACCCCUCAGAAGCCACGCCAUGCAUCAAAGCAAUCAGCCCAAGUGAGGGGUGGACCACAGGAGGAGCCAUGGUGAUCAUCAUUGGAGACAACUUCUUUGAUGGGCUGCAAGUUGUAUUUGGGACCAUGCUUGUAUGGAGUGAGCUUAUCACACCUCAUGCCAUUCGAGUUCAGACACCUCCACGUCACAUCCCUGGAGUGGUUGAAGUGACAUUAUCAUACAAAUCCAAACAGUUUUGCAAAGGGGCACCUGGCAGGUUUAUUUACACAGCUUUAAAUGAACCUACCAUAGAUUAUGGUUUCCAAAGACUGCAGAAGGUGAUCCCAAGACAUCCUGGUGACCCUGAACGAUUAGCCAAGGAGAUGCUGCUGAAACGAGCUGCUGACCUGGUGGAAGCACUCUAUGGAACACCUCACAACAACCAGGACAUCAUCCUCAAACGUGCUGCCGACAUCGCUGAAGCUCUGUACAGCGUUCCCAGGAACCCUGCCCAGCUCCCUGCCCUCUCCAGCUCCCCAGCACACAGCAGCAUGAUGGGCAUCAACUCCUAUGGGAGCCAGCUGGGAGUCAGCAUCUCAGAGUCAACACAGGGGAACAACCAAGGGUACAUCCGCAACACCAGCAGCAUCUCCCCCCGGGGUUACUCCUCCAGCUCCACCCCCCAACAGUCCAACUACAGCACCUCCAGCAACAGCAUGAACGGCUACAGCAACGUCCCCAUGUCCAACCUGGGGGUCCCAGGCUCCCCUGGAUUCAUCAAUGGCUCCCCCACAGGAUCCCCCUAUGGCUUGAUGUCUUCAAGUCCCACAGUUGGCUCCUCCAGCACUUCUUCCAUCCUUCCCUUCUCCUCCUCUGUCUUCCCUGCUGUCAAACAGAAGAGUGCCUUUGCUCCUGUCAUCAGACCCCAAGGGUCUCCUUCUCCUGCCUGCUCCAGUGGCAAUGGAAAUGGGUUCAGAGCCAUGACUGGUCUUGUCGUUCCCCCGAUGUAAGGCAGAGGCAGCUUUGCUCCUCUCCCUCUUCCCUUUUUUCCUCUUUUUUUUUUUUUUUUUUCUUUUUUUUUUUCAUUUUUCUUUUACAGCACAAAACUACUUAUUGUGAUGGACCACUAAAAAGAAAAAAAAAAUAGCACUACAAGCUCUUUUUUGGGGGAAAGCCAGGCCCAGGAAAAAAAAAAAAAAAAAAAAAAAAAGGGACAUUUUUUAUGGAUUGGACAAGAUAGAAGUCUGCAUCUUUUACCUGUUUCAUAUUUCUGACACAUCCACGUCAACUCCUAAAACAUUGUGAAGGAAGAAUCAGCCAAGAGCCAGGAUGAACAGCAGAACGUUGGCAGAAUGGAAUCAGAAAUGCAAAGUCUUUCUUGAAAGCCAGGAAACCUUCCUAAGAUUUGUAAAAUAUUGAAAGGAGAAAGAAAUUGGCAAAAUGAUUCAAGCUUGAUAUUUUGGAUACAAUUUGUUUUACUUUGUAGGGGAAAAAAGUUGAAGUUUCUAUUUUCUAUGGAGCCUUUCAGGUAUCAAUUUAGUUUAUGCAGAAAAAAAUUCAACAAAACAGGGUACCAGCAUGAAAGAAUUUCUAGGACAAACUGACAUGAAUGAUGGAAC